UGUUGAGGAGGCCUAAGCGCACACAACAAUAACAAAAGGAGCAGUCGGGGGAAACCAAGAAGAUACAACAGCCGAUGUUAAAUUCCUAACCUUACGCCUUUUUUUUUCUACUUUAUUUCUUCUACGAAGAAAUCGUGGAGUUUUUCGUUUUUAGAAAAAGACACACAUCUACCUCGCGAUCAAGAAGGAAUUUUCGCUUUUUUAUUGACGUCGUCGGCUGAGCUGCAGGUCUCUGAGUCAGUCCCCCCGCCCCGCAUCUAUUAUACCAUGUGUGGCCCCCUGGCUCUCCGAUGAGUUGCGACCACCUGAUGCACUUUAGCGCCCCGGCCGAGCGCCUGCCCGCCCGUAGCUGAUGACCGAAGCGCCUCUCGGCCCUUCCCCGAAGCGCGCCCACGCCCCAGCAGGAUGUUCCAGAGGUUCGCCAGCGCCUUGUUCGGCGACGACGUCGCCGCGCCCGAGCCAACCCGCCGCCUUCGCCACGAUAAGCAGCCCGAGGAGGAGGAGGAGGAGGAAGACUGGAUUCUGGUCAACUUUCUGGCCGAUAGCUGUUCAAGCCAGCGUGGCGGCGACAGCCUAUCCGCUUCCACCGUUGGCCGGGGCGAGGAGGAAGACGACGAGGACCUGGUGAUGAUCCCGUCCCCCAUGGCCAGCCCUCCCGUCCGCUACGCCUCCUGCACCUCCCUCAACUCCACGGCCGACACCGACCCGGACGGCGGCGGCGAAGACGACGAGGGGGAGGAAGACGAGGACGGCGACUUCCUGCGUCUGGACGCCUCGUCCUUGGAGGAGAGCUGGUUCGUCACCCCGCCGCCGUGUUUCACCGGCCGCGGGGUCCAGUCCGUCCUGGUGGAGACCAGUCCUCUGGAGAACCUGCUGAUUGAACACCCAAGCAUGUCGGUCUACGCCCACCACAGCCCCCCCAGGCUCAACCAGAACCCCAUGCAGCGCUCUCUGGACCUGACCGCCGCCCCCAAGGAGAAAGGCAGGCGCGCUCUGGACGCUUCACGUCACAGGCCAGACGUGUCAUCGGUCCAGCGCCGCGCAGGCUCGCAUCAGUCGGCAUGCUACGCGGCGGCGCUGUCCACCCGCGCCGGCCUGUUCCCGCAGCGCCCGGGCCUGGCCGGCCAGUCGCUCUUGUCCCGCAACGCGCUGCGCCGCCUCAACCUGCUGCACCCGCCCAAGGCCGGCCCCACCCACCUGCACCAGCCCAGCCAGCGCCACCUCAACUUCUGAGGGCGCCGCCUUCGCCUCGCCGUCACGCAACAAGCACCAGCAGCUCGUCCCGAGACGAUAUGUUUGUCUUCUCCUUCCUUCGUGGACUCUUCUUCCUCACGUGUAGAAUCAGCAGCGCUGUAGGUCACUUUACUCGGAGGGCGGACUCACUUUAUCCAUGAUGACAUCAUCACCCGACAACCUGUCACAAUACUUGAACGUCACAGUUGGGUUCCAGUUACCGGAUUUGGGGCAAGAAAGGUCUUUGUGAUUUGCCGACGCUGUUAUCUCCACCAUUCAAACUCCGAAUGUUAGCUUGUCGCUAAACAACGUAGCAUAUUAAUUGUGGUGUGGACGGCCGACGCGGCGACACAGAUUACGAAAAGCGGCCCCGACAUUGUUACGUGGUGCCAGUCGUCAAAAUGUUUUACGUGCAAAGCUCAGAUGGGAACCGGGUCCCCCGCUCGAAGGUGUUGAUCGUCCCUUCAGCUCGAGUGUAAAUAGAGAACCGAACCGAUUGUUUUCAUCAUCCCAAAAAAAAAAAAAGUCACUCCAUUGCACCGAAAGGGGAAAAUUCACGUGUUGUCCUGCCUCUGACUUUUUUCCCGUCAUUUUCACCAUCAACGUAACAGAGGAAGAGGAAAAAAAAGUUUAAAAAAAAAUGGGGUAGAUAUCACUAAGCUUGCCUUGUUUUCACUGUAGCUUUACAUUGAAUAGAAACGUAAGAAAAAUGUAUUUAAAAAGAAAAAAAAGUCCAAAAUAUUAUUUUUUUUCUGAAAAAAAAACAUUUAAAAACAGAUUACAUAUCAGUAUGGGAAAGUUUGUGUGCGCGUGUGUGUAUUUGCGUCUGGUAGAGUUGUUGUUAGUAAGCGAAAACGGAGAAAAUGGAAAAGAAAAAUGUUAUUUUUUCGAUUUUUUUUUUUUUAUUGUUCUUAAAUGAGUCUGCAGUCCAAUUCUCAGGGUCACAACCAAUCACUUUUUACUCGGAAAUGCAGAUUUACUUGAUGGCUGAUGAUUUUUUUAUUUUUUUUUCUUGUGAGAUAUUUAGUGUUGGUCCCUGGACUGUUGAUUGCGACAUCUUUUUAUGUUCAUGCUGUAGAUACACUUUGUAAAACUAAACCAAAAAAAUAGGUAGCGAGGAUCUGUAAUCUUUUAAGUAUGAUAUUAAGAUGAUGUUUUGUUGUGUGACGUUUAACAUGAUGAGGAUGAAUAAUAAUAAUAAUCCACAUUUACGUUAUGGUAAAAAAAAAUUACUCACUUUGUUCAUGGACUAAACGGUAUAUCUUGUAUUUUUACUUUUAAAUCAUUUUAGUGGAUGUUAUGAAAGAAGCGGGCAGAAAUUCCUUACCAUGUACUCGUGUUAUUAUAUUUAGGAUGAUUACUUAACUUAAAAAAAAAAGAAGUAACAGGCACAUUUGAGAAAUGAUUACAAUCAGGACUUCUGUGUCAUUUUAAAGCACCAACGAAUGAAACCUGGGGAAGUUUCUCUGGUGCCGUUGAAACUUUUUCAUCAUAGCUUGAAUGUCACAAAUCAUGUUUUUUUUACAAUAUCUGUGACACAAGGGAUCACAGGAUAUUUCGAUUGGUGUGUCUUGAAAGCAAACAGGGAUUUGUUGUGUUUAUUUUUUGCUAAUGUUCAAUGCCUUGAAAAAUUGCGCAUCACGUGCCUUCCAGGUUGAGGUGUUCUUAGGACAAUGCAUCAAUGAAGAACUUGGACUCUUGUUUUUCUGUCUUUUAUGUUUUGGAACAUUCUACAAGAAAACAUAAGACCCAAAUGGAUGUCAACUAUGCACCACAUUCUUUCACGCGCCCUUUUUCUUUUUCUUGCAAGCAGACAGAAUCAUGUAGCAAAACUUCCAGUUUUUUUUUUAUUCUCAAGAGUGAAGAAUAUUAUGUGGCAUUUGCAUUUGUAUUUUUCUUUUUUUCACCAAGUGUUACACGUUUUUCUCCUUGUGUAGUUUACUGGAAUAAUACCGCACUUUGCCAAAAGAAAAAAAAACCCCAGAAAAAUUAACUUGGUGUAGGAUUUGUAGGGUUAACGUUUUUUCUUUUAUUUAUCGACAUAUUUCCUCUGUAUUUUGUAUAUGUACGACUGUUCACUUUUCUUGGAACUCUGAUGUUAUCUGGGGGUCGUCUGUUUUCAAACUGUAAUAGUUCCAAUGUUUGAUCGUUUAGAAGUUGCGAAAUAAAUGUUUUCAUACUCACA